GAAUGAUACCGAUUUCUAAAAUUACGUUGAAUGUUGAAAAUAUAUUUCAAUAUUAAAUUAAUAAUGUUAAAAGUAUACUGAGAGCUUUAUAAUAUGCGUAUGUAUUAAUCAAUAUAAUGAAUAAAACAAUGUGAUUUUAAGCUGACAUUAAUUAAAUGUUGCAAAAAGCGAACUAUGGACGUCGUCGCGGAGGACGCCGAAGGAUCUUUAGAUCCCCGUAUACAGAUCGAGUUGGAGAAUUUAAACAAUGCAACAGAUGAUAUUAAUAAACUUGAGACUGAAUUAGAUGAGGCACAUACCGCGUUUAGACAAUUGCUUAAUGAAUUAACGAGGCGAUUAAAAGAGAUAGCAGACAAAUUAGGAAUUACAUGUAUCGAAAAAGCAAGAUGUUAUUACGAAGCUUUGGAAGUAGCUCAUUUAGCACAAGUGGAAUGCCAGAAACAGGCACAAUUAUUUCAAAGAGCUAACGAGAUACAUGCGGCUGCUAAAGAAACCGUGGCUUUAGCCGAAAUAAGAUUUACAUCGCAUCAGCACGAAUGGAAGUUUGAUCAAGCUUGGCAGGAUAUGUUAAAUCAUGCAACUAUUAAAGUUAUGGAUGCAGAAAAUCAAAAAGCAGAAUGCGGUAGGGAACAUCAUAGAAAAGCAAUGAUAUUUCAAGAUGCAGAAAAGAAGUUAUUUCAAUUGGAAGAGAAAUAUCGUCGUUAUAUCAUUAAGUCAAGGCCAUACUUUGAGGUGAAAGCUCAAUGUGAUCAAAUGUUAACAACGCAAAAGGAAAGAGUAGAAUAUUUGCAGAAAGCAAUAAAAGAUGCAAAGAAUAAUUAUGCUUCGAGUCUUCGUAUAUUAGAAGAUAUUAGUAAUCAAAUACACCAACAAAGAAAGGAUAAUGAUAUUCUUGCUAAUGGGCCUAGAGAACCAGGUGUAGGAGCAGAAUUGAUUACUUCAGGAGAUAAUAUAAAAUACAAAAUGGACUUUAAGAAAGUAAAUAAUAAAAAUAUAAUCUCUAAUGUAGAUAAUGAAUAUCGCAAAAAUAUUCAACACCAACAAGAUAAUAAUGAUUUUAAGAUUAUAUCGUGUGCGGGGCAUUUAGGUCGAAGGUCGGUAGAUGGUAGCGAAGCUACGUCGAAUCAAUGGGAACUAGAGUUACAAGCUAGUAUGGAAAAAUUAAAUUCUGCCCCAUUUAAUAAUAAAAAUUCUGAGAAUGAUGAAAGAAAGAUAAGAGAGAUCUUUAAAAAAGAAAUAUGUGAUACGCAUUUAAGAGAUAAGAACGAUACGAUUCAUUUUAUAGAUAACUUACAAUGUAAUGCUUCGAAAAGUGAAGAAUCUACUGAACAUACAUCGAAUUUAUUGAAAAACCUAUCUACAGAUGUAGAAACAAAUAAGACAUCCAUUGAUGUACCAUCGGUAUCAAGUUCUAUAAGUUUGCAAUCGUUAUGUCAUAAUUUUAUUAAUUCAGUUCAGACAAGAUCAAAAUAUAUCAAUGAUAUUACUAAAUCUUUAUAUAAGGAAUCUAUUACUAAAAGAGAUUAUUUUGUUGAACCAGUAAAAAGUUCAGAAAAAGUAGUUAAUUUAAAUGCAUCUACGUACCUACCAAAUAGAAUCUCAGAAAUUGAUUUAAGAAAUUCAAAAUCUCAAACUGACACCAAAACCAAUGUAGAAGAUAUUAAACAUAAUUAUAGUAUGCCAAAAUUAAAUGAUUUUACAGAAUCUAAUGUUCAUGAUAAGGUAACGACAAAUGUUACGAAUCUUAGUAGUUUACAAAGUUUAUCAACAUCUAUUUGUUAUAGUGCCAAUUCUUCUCCGAUUAAAUCAGUAAAUUUAUUUUCAUCGAAAAAUAAACGAUCGUCAAACAACGAGUUACAUAGAAUUCAAAGUAAAACUACAUUUGAAAGAAAAAAAUCAUCUAGCAUAAAAGAACUGCCACUACUGUCAUUAGUCAGUAUUCCAACAAUAUCAUUUUCAACGCGCAAAGAAAAAAGUAGCAGCAUGAACGAUUUAAAUUCUAAGUAACAAGAGAAAGUGUAAGUUAAUGAUUCUAACUCGAUCUCCAUAUUUAAUUAGAAAUAUGUAUGAUAAUAAUAAUAAUAAUAAUAAAUAAAAAAAAAAAAAAAAAAAAAAAAAAGAAAAAAAGAAAAAGAAAAAAAAUACAUAUAUAUAUUAACAAAACUAAGUUCGCUAACAAUUGUUUGCACAGGAAAAAAAAAUAGAAGAUAUAAGGUAUUUCCAGUGAUGUAUUAAAAUUGUGAUGAACUUCAGAAAAAAUUUACAUAGAACAAAAAAAAAAUAUGAUUAUAACAUAAUUAUAAUAUUAUAAACAUAAA